GCCCUUCAGUCUUGAAAAUAUCCCAGCAUAAAGGAAAGCACCAUCAUCUACGCCACCUCAUGUGAUUCCUCCUUCUCUUUAACCUUAUCAUAAUCACACAAACUAAAAUCUACACUACCCAAGUUUCCAAACAAGGGCAUUCUGGUAAAUACAACUGGACAGAUCACACGUCCAAACCAACUUUACAGUGAAAAGGUUUGACAAUGGAUUAGUUUUCUGUUGUACAACCAGGCAGAAGAAAGGCAACCGGGAUAGCCGGGAAACCGAAGCCAAGACCUUGACUUUUUUUCUAGAGAUCCGUCUCAGAAUCAAUCGUCUAGAUUCUCUUUAACAUCUGAAAAUUCCCACAUUUCCAGGUCAGCCUUCUGUCUGAAUUAAAAAAAAUAAAAAGAAAACAUUCUUUUUUUUCUUUUUUCUUGGUGUUGGGUAUCCGCUAUCUUCAACGGCAGUGGUGUUACCUUUUAUCAUGCCCAUCCUAAUUUAAUAAAAAAGUUUCUAACUUUGCUUGAAAAGACUCAAGCUUUUUAACUCACUGAGUCGUUGCUCAUCUCACUUUGGUUGUCUCAGAAACGGAGCAGCGGUGAAGGUGAAGAAGAAGGGAGAAAUGGCGACCAACGUAUCGAACUUUUCGGAUCUGAUACAACGAGUUGCAGCUUCUUGUUUGUUGCACCCCCUCGCCGCCGGUGGGCACGAGUCAGGCGACGUUGACGCCGUGGCUCACACCGUUAUUGAGGAGUACAAUAAUUCGAGUGAGGAUGAAGAGAAAGAAAAUGGAGUGAAAGACGUGGAAAAAUCGAGGAGAAUAAGGAGGGUUUGGAACAAUGGAGAGAAGGAAAUGGUGACGUUAAUAGAGGAAGUUUUCGAGGCCGUGGCGGAAAUGAAGAAAGCUUACGUCAGGUUACAAGAGGCGCAUUGUCCGUGGGACCCAGAGAGGAUGAGGGGGGCUGACAUGGCGGUGGUGGGGGAGUUGAGGAGGCUUGGGGUGUUGAGGGAAAGGUUUAAGAGAGGGAGACGUGGUGGUUGUGGUGGUGGAGUCGUGGCUAUGCUGAGGGUAGUGGUUGCGCCAUACGAGGCGGCGGUGGAGGAGUUGAAGAGAGAAUUGAAGGUUAAGGAGGUGGAGAUCGAAAACUUGAAAGAGAAGCUGAAUACUGUAACCUGCCUUUCCAAUGGUGGAAAGAAGCGUGGUCUCUCCAAGUGGAAAGUCGGCUGCAGUCAAGUACUUGCAGUAGCACCAGAUCCAGAGCUGUUUGAGGCCACAAUGAGUCAGAUGAAGGAGGCAUCAAAGUCCUUUACAUCUCUCCUCCUUUCCCUCAUGCGAGAGGCUCGCUGGGACGUCGCCGCCGCUGUCCGAUCUAUAGAAGCUGCCACCGCCACUCCUGAUACCGCCACCCAAACCACCACCAUCACCCCCUCAGUCGCUGCAAAUCACCAUGCCAAGUAUGCGCUUGAGUCAUAUGUUACACGCAAAUUUUUUCAAGGCUUCGACCACGAGACUUUCUACAUGGAUGGCAGCCUCUCUUCCCUGCUUAAUCCCGAUCAGUACCGUCGGGAGUGCUUCACUCAAUACCGUGACAUGAAAGCAAUGGAACCGGUUGAACUUCUUGGAAUCUUGCCUACAUGCCAUUUUGGCAAAUUCUGCUUCAAGAAGUACCUUGCCAUUGUUCAUCCGAAGAUGGAAGAGUCCUUGUUUGGAGACCUGGAGCAGCGCAGCCAAGUAAUGGCUGGAAACCACCCUAGGAGUCAGUUUUAUAGGGAGUUCUUGAGACUGGCUAAGGCAAUUUGGUUGCUUCAUUUGCUUGCAUUCUCACUUGACCCUUCACCAAGUCAGUUUGAGGCAAGUAGGGGUGCAGAAUUUCAUCCACAUUAUAUGGAAAGCGUUGUCAAAUUUUCAGGUGGGCUGGUACCUGCUGGUCAGAUCGUGGGAUUCCCAGUUAGCCCUGGGUUCAAUCUAGGAAAUGGAUCUGUUGUCAAGGCAAGGGUUUACCUAGCAGCUAGGACUUGAAG